GGAAGCUGUACUUGUAGGGAGGGCUAUGGGGGUGGGUUGUUGUUGGCCCUCGGCUGUAAUGGCUCUAGGCGAGUACACACCGUACAGUCCGGAAAUAUAACUUGGACCACCCAAACAGCCCGAGAAAGCAACAACAAUAAACUUCGGCAGCAGUGGUCGCUAUUCGUCAAGAGCCGAAGUGUACAUUCCGCUUUUAGAAGUGUUUUCGCAAGGGUUCCAGGGGCAGCGGCGCCUAGGGUCAUGGUACAGUAUGCAGCGGGCACCUCAUCAUGGCCUCCCCUACUCCUACGGCCUACAAGCUACAGCUUACAGCCCGUCCCGUGCCUCCCAGCGAAUGCCUCCCAGCGAGUCGGUGGCUCUCGCACCCCAUAACAUCCACAUCCACAUCCUCAUCCACACCCACAUCACAUCCGCCCCCCCUCCCCCAAUGCACCAGUGCAUCAGCCAAUGCUCCAUGCUCCAUGCUCCAUGCUCCUGGCUGGCACGGUUGCAAGUGACAGGCAUGGACGGAGGAGAAUGAGCUUCCUCCCAACGCCUGAGCCACCUGCGCUAUUCUCCUUUGGGUCGUUCUGCCUGUCGGCCACAGCAACCCGCAGCAGUCUUAAGAAGGGCCCGUCUGCCAACAGAUAUCCAUCGUAGGAUCCCCCAAAACCCAACAGCUUCACACGGUCUCGUCGUUCUCCCAAGAACCCCCCCCACCACACUCGCUUUACUCCCCCCUCUCUUAGGAAGACCUCGUUGUCUCCUGUCAUUCGCUUUUGCGUUCUCCCACUCAACUCUCAAAAAAUAUAUCCCCAUCUCAUCCCAUCCCCAACCUACCGCCUCCCUCAUAGCCCCCAACUCUCUCACCUCAACCUAAAUCCAACUCAAAAUUCAAAACACCAGAACAUAUACCAACCCCGCCCGCUCCAUCCGUCUAAACUCUACUCGCCUCAGCUCAGCCCACAACAACAAGCCCCCCGAGACCUUCGCUACGACUCGGCGCCUGUGGACCAUCCUCGCAUUGCCUGCCCGUGUAACACAACUGCCGGCAAUAUACUUCUUGCAGUAAAGUCAGGCUAGACUCACGUUCAUGCGUGUUUGUUCUUCGAGAUUGGGGAUACAGUUACGUUGCUUUCAGCCGCUGCACCAUCUUGCCAUACACUCGCUUUAUAUAUCCGGCAACGUCGGAGCCUAGCCAGUCUCUGGUAUUUUUUCCGGCUGUUACUUUUCAACUCAAGAUACUUCUUGAUUUAAUCCUUCUCGAUCUUCUUUAAGAAAGAAGUUGGUCGUUGGCUUUCACUCGUUCAAGCCUCGUCGACUUUAAUCUAUCCCCCCCUUCUCAUUCCAAUGGCUGGCCCAGGUGGUGGACCUCCUCGUCGGAGGUAUGUGCUACCUUUCUUACCAUAACACCUUCCUCGCUGACAUCACUUAGUCACACCAAGUCUCGCAAAGGCUGUGAAACGUGUAAACGCAGACACAUUCGCUGUGAUGAAAACUUCCCUCAAUGGUAAUAACUCCGACAGAUAUCUUUUACUUUAAUGGUACACAGCUAAUACAUACUAGCCGCAACUGUACCAAGCACAAUUGUCGCUGUCCCUAUAUGGACAUGCCUGUACAGGAGGAGCGAGCCCCAACUCCCGAGAAACCUGAUCUCCUGUGGACUCCAGAAAUUGAGCAGGAAAUAGAACGCUGGCAACAGACUGGGAACUUUCCUUUUCCAGAUCUUUACAUCUACCCGGCUCCGUCCCCUCAGUUUUUCUCCGUUGAGGACCUUCGUCUAAUCCACCACGUUGCUUCUGUUUCUAGCGAGCUAAGUAUUCAUGAUGCUAGCAACUUCACUAUCUGGACCCGUCAAAUUCCUCUGUGGGUACCGCAUUUUUAAACUAUUUAUUUUUUGGCUAAUGGAUCUUUCAGCUUCCUCAGAAUUGGAACCGAUUAUGCUUUUGUUAUGCAUGCCCUGCUUGCACUCUCGGCUACGCAUCUGGCUUGGUUGACGGAUUGUCCACUUACGGCAAACAUGGCUUACGAGCAUCGAGGUGUCGCUUUGAAAGGGUUGCACGAAGCCAUCGGAUCGUUUUCUCCCCAAAACUCUGAUGCUGUGCUGGCAGCUUCUUUGCUCUUGUCCUGGCAAGCAACUGAAUGGUAUGUGUAAACAAAGAAUAUAGGUCAGGGACGUUAACUAACUCAAUUUCCAGGCGUGGUUGGACUCAAUUGAUGCACGGAACUUCAUCUGUGCGUUUCUGAACAAUCAAAAUCCAUUAAACAUAACUAACAAACAUCCAGGUUAUCGAUGCUAUGCAACCAUGGAAAAACGAAUCUCAGUUUGGAGAUUUCAUCGCAGAGCAGAGCACCUUUCCUACAGCCCCACCGUCCCCAGCACCAGGUGGCAUGAAGUUGAGCAAUCCUAGAAAGCAAGAUCUGGAGUCCCUACAACGAGCCUAUGCGCAGCUUCAAAGGGUUGAAAAACACUUGAAGGAGAACAACGAGGAUGUCAAGGCCAUCCAACAACUCAUGCAGUUCGUUCGUGGGGUUCGCAAGGUAUCCCCGAGUCACACGGCUGCACAACGAUUCGAGAUGCUCAACCCCCUUCGAGCCUGGUUGUUUUGGUUGCCCGUCAUGUUUCUGCAGCAAACGCGAGGGUCUCCAUCAGCUCUGAUCAUACUUGCGCACUACUAUACAGUAGCGCUUGUCGUAGAGCCCCUGUUCCCUGAAGUUGGUGCAGCGUACUUUGGAAGUCUGUCAUUGGGGCCAAUUGAAGAAAUUGCUCGAAGGCUCUUUUCCAUCAACGUCUCUCAAACCUCCGACGCGGAUAUGCAGACCCCUCUCAACCUCAUGGAGUAUCCAAUUGAUAUGGUUUCUACCUUUAGAAACCGCAUGGGUUGGGUACAGCCGGAGAGAACCGCCUCAUUCCCAACAUUUCGUGGUAAUUCCUUUGAGAUGGAAGACAACUUUUCCCAUGCGCUUUCCCCAUAUGGCAACCCUGCUUUCACUUAUAGCCAAGAGCACCUCAUGCCGAUGACUCCAGAACCAAGUUCCGCCACCAACAUGAGCCCGUUGACUCUUCAGCUCGACCCAUUCACCAAUCAAUACCUGGGUAUUCCAUCACCAGGUGGGUUCGGGGGCUAUAACAGUCCAGCCACAUCAGCAUUCGGAGAGGGGUCCAUCGUCUACAGUGACCAUGGGGAUGAUUUUGCCCUUUAUGAAGGACAGGGCUCAGGUCCGAAUUUCGGCGGGUUUGUGCUUCCGACCGUGUGGAUUUAAGUCAUCGGACUACAAGUUUAACAUCUGGCCCAGGACUCCCCCAGUUUUCAAACUUGAACCUCAAGAUGAAGACCUGAAUUUUCACUACCAGCAACCAAUGGAGGGCCAGCAAAGCCACCACGAGCUGCCUCAGUUUCCUCACCUCCCCAGCUACCCGCCUCGUUACCCAUCCCCGACUCCUCCUUCUGGAAAGGGGAAGGAUCCAGAGAUCUAAUAUCUUUUCGAUACUCGCAUUUCUCGACCAGCACAUAAUGAUUUACGACACUUUUUACUAUUUAUAUUUCCCGAAAAGGAGUUCUUUUUCGACAUCUAAUGUUUUGUUUUUAUUAAUAUCACCAACUUACGACUCUCCUUAAAAAAGUGUUUCACAUUAAACACCUGCGCAUUCAUAUCCCAUCCAACAACUUAUCGGAAACGGAUUCUUGUUCUUUUUACGACGCUUAACGAUCUCAAUAACGACAUUAUUAUUAUCUCUUUGUUGUACGAUUACAAGCACACCCACGGUCCUUGUAGAAGCAUUUAUUAUUAUAUACCCCACAGUCCUUAUAGAUAUACCCAGGUUUUACAGCAUAUUAUUGUUGUUGUUUUUUGUUGCAUGGGAAAAAACGGCGUUAUUAAUUGGUUUGGUUUUAUUUUCAUGGCGUUACUUUGGGUCUUUGGCUUUGGUUUUUUGUCUUGGGAGGAGGAAAAUGGUAAUCAUUAGUGUUGUUCGUAACAGGCAUUAUGGAGUUUUGUGUCUGUUUGUUUUGUUUUUUUGGUACUGGGUAUUCAUUUAAUGUUUUGGAUAUCUCUUGGAGGAAGGAAGGAAGAGGAUUCAGCGUUGAGAGGGAGAAGGCAAUAUGAGGUGGAAGUAGGAAGUAGGAUGUAGAGAGUUGAUUUGUUGUUGAUUGUCAGAAUGAAACGAAUAAGAGAAUUUGUUUGGCAAUUUCUUUUUUUUCUAUUUGCAAAGACUUGGAUUGAUGUGUUGUGUAAAAGGAAUGGGCUUCGGGGCUUUUUUGAGAUGACGUACUUUUGUGUUGGAUCGAGAUGAUUUAAGGGAUUCUUCCGUUGUGUUUUAUCAAUGCUCUAAACCAGUGGCUUGAUUGUGCCAUUCGGUCAACCGUCGAUCUGCAUUGUGGUUAUGAAGGGUGAGUAUGUGCUCUACUGAUGACCUUAUAGGGACAAGAGAAGGAGAAGGGGUUUCCAGAGUGAGUAGUCUGACGACCGUGAGAAUAAAUCAAAGACCCCAAAAGACGAUUCGACAGAUAUCUC